AUGGCUGCCAGGAUACUCUACGGUGGUGACCUGCGUCUCCCCGACAUUCCUCUCAUGCAGGAAGUCAUCGAAUCCUGGAAGAAGCAUGGGGAUCGAAUCUACUUGGAUGACGCUAAGACCAAGAAGCAGUCUACCUUCCGCCAAGUAUUAGACAACGCCGGUGCUAUAAGCUCCACGAUUCGUAAUCUCGGCCAGGGUCCAGAAAAGAUAGUGAUGAUCGUCAGCGACUGCACAGUCGAAUCUUUAACUACAAACUUUGGCAUCUGGCUAUCAGGAGCAGCUACGUCGCCUAUCAACCCGAAUCUUCCAAUAGAAGAGAUCCUGUACUUCUUCAAAACCUGCAGUAGCGAGGUUGUCUUCUGCGGAGAAGACUACCUUCAGAAAGUACAAGAAGUAGUGUCGCGAUUGGACUGGAGUGUUACCAUCAUAUGCCCGAGCAGGCAAGAUGGAGUCCUCGACUAUUACAAGUGUCUGGAAGAAGGGAACAGUGCCGAAGGCACGUUGCUGGAAGGAUGGUGGACUGGAAAAGAUCAUGCUUUAUGCAUCUUGUUCACUAGCGGAACCACUGGUUCACCCAAAGGCGUUGUAGUCAGGGACGAAGCUCUUACAACGAAUAGACAUCUUGGAAUCUGGAAAGACACUUGGACAGAUAGUUCGAUAAUUCUGCUGACAACUCCCGUGUAUUGGAUCUCCAACACGUGGAUGAGUGUAUUCUCCUCCUGCACCGGGUGCAAGUUAGUGAUUGCCAGUCGGAUGUCUGUCAAGCAGAUAAUGGAGACAAUAACGGAGUACAAGCCCACUGAAUGGUUUACCGGUCCAGCCAUCCUGAUAGACAUCUGCAAGGAAGAAGAUGCCGACAAGUACGACUUCUCAUCUUUCGAUACCAUAUCUAUUGGUGGAUCCAUCCUCCUGCCCGAACAUCGGAAGAUGAUCACCGAAAAGAUGACGUGCAACAAGCACAUCGUCAAGAGUAUGUGCGGUAGCACUGAAACGGGAUUAGUGACCUUUGAACGUGUAACCCCUGACCUCGAUUCGCCCAAGUUAGCCAGUAUAGGAAAAGUGGCUACUGGUGUAACAAUGAAGGUGGUGGAUACGGAAACUGGAAAAAUACAGCCACCGUACGCUGUAGGAGAGAUCUGCGUCAAAUCAGACGGCGUGCUAAAGCGAUAUAUCAACAAGGAAUUCACGGAAGAUGAUCUGGACAAAGAUGGCUUCUGGCACUUAGGAGACCUCGCCUAUUACGAUGAUGACGAAUACCUCUUCUACAAUUCCAGGCUCAAAGAUGUGAUGAAGUACAAGGGUCAACAGAUCGCUCCAGCUGAACUAGAAAGCAUCCUCCUGAAGCAUCCUGAUGUCCUGGAGUGUUGCGUGGUUGGAAAGACGUGUAUCGAACAAGGAGGAGAACUUCCUACAGCUUUCAUCAUCAAGAAGCCUGGUUCUAAUCUUUCAGAAGAAGAACUUCACACCUUUAUCUCAGAUAAAGUUAUCGAUGAGAAGAAACUUCGAGGUGGAAUCUUCUUCGUAGAUAGCAUCCCGAAGAGUCCAGUUGGUAAAGUCCUGCGAUAUGAACUAAAAAAACGACUUACUUAA